ACACAGCAGACGCAGAAGGCAGCAUCUGCAGUUUUCACAAUUUUGUCCCAUGACCCAAACAAUGAGAUCAUGAAGCAUAAUUUAAAAUACUACCUCGCCAAGCCUGGAAUUGAUGUCAAUAGCAUAGUCAACUACGAGUCAGAAAAAUUUGUUUCCCUAUACACCUUAGGCACAGAAGCCUAUUUCAAAGAAGAGUAUGAUGCUGCUAUUUCUAAUUUAGAGGCAUCACUGAAAGAAUUUUUUAAAGCUAGUGAUGAAUGUAGGGCCGAUUGUGAAGGACCUUUUGAUCAAGGGUGGCUACCAGACUUCACAUCAUCCAUUGCAAAUCAUUUUGUUUACUGUCUUAAAUGUAAAGCAAAAUGUCAAUCCAAACUUAGUGUACUGAAUGGUGAAAAGUAUGAUGACUUUUUGGCAACACAUUUUAACUACCUUCAAUUUGCAUACUAUAAAAAGGGAAAUUUAAGAGAGGCAUGUGCUGCUGCAGGAACCUACCUUUUGUUCUUACCAGGUGACAGUACCAUGCUAGAGAAUGUGGAAUACUAUAAGACUUUGCCAAAAGUAGAUGACAGUAUGUUCCGGCCUAGGGCAGAUGCAGAGAAGUAUAUCAAAAGACAAUCUUAUGAAGAAUCACUACUAACAUACAUAUCAGAUGAGUUUGUUUUUGAAGAAAACGAGGACACAAAUGAAAUCCCACAUGCUGAAGAGAUCUACAAAGAUAGAGGUGGAGAUGUGAUCAUCAAGAAUGGGACCCCUCAAUCUCUCCCUUGGGCAACUGCACACAAAACCUUAACUAAAAUUCAUCUUGAACCAGUGAAUUUGAACCAGGAUAUAGCUCACAAGAGCUCUAUGCUGGAAGAAAAACGACUAAUGCUUGGGAAAAAUCAGAAGGUUGAGGGUAAUUCAGCUGAAAAUAAGAUAGAAAAGAAAUCAGAGCUGAAUUCUAGUUUUGAACAACUAAUGAACCAGUUGAGAAGAAUGACUGAUAGACCCAUUUACAACUUGAGGAAAGAGGAUGAAUUGGGAGGCAUAAGGCGUUUUGUAAUUGAUGGACUUGCUGAAGAAAAUGAGUGUGAACGUCUGAUCCAGUUUGCCAAGGCAAGCGGUGUUUCGGGAGAUGGGUAUGGUGGCAACAAAUCACCACAUUCCUCACAAGAAAACUUUGAAGGAGUGACAUUAGGCAGGGCAGCACUGAUGAUGAAUUUUGGUUUGAUUGAAAGAUCAGUUCUGCAUCUCUUCUUAAGCUUAAGUGAAAGAGGGAGAAAUAUGAUUGCAGCGUACUUUAAUAUACCCAACAAAAAUUUGUACUUCAGUUACACACAUCUUGUUUGUCGUUCAGCAAAGCCUGGGGAAUUUUUCAAUAGUUCUCAAUACAGUCAUGAAAUACAUGCAGAUAACUGUUGGCUGUCAAAAAAUGGAGAUUGUAUGAAAGCAGAUCCUGCUUACUACUGGAGAGACUACAGCGCCCUUAUAUAUCUAAAUAAUAAUUUCAAAGGAGGAGAAUUCUUGUUUAGUGCAGAUGCAUAUGGAAAUCACAUUCAAAGUACAAUCCAACCAAAGUGUGGCCGCUUAGUAGGAUUUUCCUCAGGAAUUGAAAAUUUGCAUGGUGUACGCGGAGUUGAACAAGGAUCACGUUGUGCUUUGGCUCUUUGGUUUACACUUGACUCUCAGCGAGCAGAAUGGGGACGGGCCUUAACAGAAGAGGUCGUUCAUGAUAUUGAAAACGGCAAAGAGCCAGAACCAGAAAUUCUUCACAAUCUUCAAAAACUCGUUCGAUUUGACUUGGCUCAAGCUCAGAGUCAGUUAUUGUACAAGAGCAGUGAACAAGAUGGUUCCAUGUCAGAUACACAUCAAGAUAAUUUCACAGUAAGAUAAAGGUAAAGUUAAAAGGUAUGUCACUAACAAAAAAAAAAUAGUUUUGUGAGGAAAACAAUACAAAUUUUGCACUUUUAGUUGUCGUUAUUUAAUUUUAUGUGAUGCUAACUCUUGGUACAUUAAUAUUCUAGUCAAUUGGAUUGCUACUUAAAAAUGGAUUCCAUUGUGUUGUAUUAACAAUUGUAUUCAGUAGGUUAAUAAUUGAAAUAAUUAUAUGUUAUGUUUGAGAAAAAAAAUGGCUAUAAUUUUUUAAACCUAAUUAUAAAAUGUCAUGCUACAAAGUGCCUUAGCAAUAAAAC